AUGCAUGCGCCGGCGGCUCUCCUCCGAGUGGUGUGGAGUGUCGUCUGCAGUCAGGUGUUGAUCGAGAGGAUCAUCACAUGCACAACGUUGGCUCUCACAGUGCCAUCUCCAGGCCAUCACCAGGUGUGGUGGAGGCCGCACGCAGCAGCCCCGAGGCCCCGUGAUGGGGCACAGUCGCAGAGAGGUUCUUCACUUGACGAGGGUCAUGUGAGUGCCGCCGAUGUUCUGCGGGUUUUCGAUGGUCUUCCUUCGGAUGCCUUGAAGAGGGGUGCCGAUGCACCUCUCCCAACUUCGAAAUCUUAUGCCACGGGAGCGUAUGUUCUUGGUGGUAAUGUAGGCCUGAAGGCCAAUGCCUCAGCCAACCCGGAGGCGCUCAAAGUCUUUGCAAGGUUUGUGAGACAGCGUGCACCGGGGUUUAAGUUUUCUUCGAUAAAUAUAUUUGAGGAUGUUCGCACUGAGCGCCAUCGAGAUCAGUGGAAUGCCAACUUGCAUAACUUGGCGAUUGCACUGACUGACUUCUCAGGUGGAGCUAUCUUUGUGGAGCAUGAAAACGGUCGAGAUGUAUCCGACCUUAAUGGGGCACGAGGCUCUCGCUUGCAGGUUGCUAAGGGCCCUGUCCGAUUCAAUGCCAGACACAAUUGGCACUACACCGAGGCGUGGCAGGGCCGUAGAGUCUUGCUGGUUGCAUUCACCAUCCGUCAUGUCGAAUCGCUGUGCAAAGAACAUCUUGACUUUCUCCGCGAGUGUCAUGUUGAUGUUCCGGAAUGCGCGCCCGAGGGCGCGCGGUUGGCGCCUGCUGAAGCGUGUGCUCGUCAGCCGCCAUCCUUGACCUCCCCCGCAGCUCAGGAGUCGCUUAGGCCCUUGCCCGCUUCGGUUGUCCCCGCCGUUGACCCUAAGGAACCUGUGAGCGACCCUGCUAGUCCCUUAAAGCCCGGUUCUGCUCUCUAUGUCGAGAUAAAGUGUGGGUCCGGAUUGCUGCCGGCUCGGGUGCGGCGGGACGGAUUUCAAAUCAUAGCGCUUGAACAUUCUCGCCCCGCUGGGCGAGUGCACACUCACCUUGUCCCUGUGGACAUUGAAACUGAGUCGGGUUUCUCCUUUGUGCAGACUGUCAUCAGCCACGAUGCCCCUUUUCACGUGCAUUUCUUUCCUGCGACCAAGGAUUGUUUUAAGGCUACUUUUAGCGCCGGGCAAACCAUUCGCAUCGCCAAACUCUUGCUUGCAUCUGAUUCGCAUUGGAGUGUCUUGCAUCCCCUGGCGUCAGCCCUGUGGAAACAGCUCGACUUUCCCGACAACCUCCAUUGCGUAGACUUCUGUGCAGGUUGCUACGGGGCUCCCAGUCCGGUCAAAAUGCGUCUGUGCACAACCCAGGCCGCGCUGGCUGGCAUGCCGGUGCCAGCAUGUCGUUGUCGCCCCGGGCCCCACGCUGCGGGCUCGCUUGCACCAGAUGCCUUGUACACAACCAAGUUCUGUGAUGUGUUUGCUGGCCUCCUGCAGCUGGCGGUUGGCCAGUCUGGCCUCUUACUUGAGCACGCUCUUCCUCUGCAGAGUUCGCGGCAUUCUGCCGUAGCAGCCGCUGGGCGGCAGCCUCGAUUGUCAAAAUUCCAGCCGCAGAUCGCCGAGUUUAAGUGCCAGGCCACGGUCCGUGAGUUCCCGUGGCCCCUUCCUUUGGAUAAUAAAGGCAAUCUCACAUGUGUGCCUUCAGCAGUUACCUUUGGCAUUUACCGCACGGAACAAGAGUUUGUGGCCCAGGCAUUGCAUAUCGAUCAUCCCUUCGACUUGUGCGUGGCAGUCCCAGACUUCAUGUUGAGAGCGUUGGCUUUUACCUUGAAAGAGGGCCCGGUUGGUGUGAUGAAGCACCGUCUGAAUUUGCUCCAGCAGUGGACUUCUUGGAAACGCGAUUUGGCCGGUGCCGAAGCAAACCUGCAUGCUGCCAUGGAUCCUGGUGUGGCUUCUGUUAUGAAGGGCAAGAACAUUUUGCUUUUGGAAAAAAUUGCAUCGUCUUUCGGUUGGCCUGACACUGAAGUCUUCGAACACCUAUGGGUUUCCCUUAGUGGGGGAGUCGAGGCAGAGCUUGUGCAGCAUGCUAAAUUCCUUAGGCCUGCGCUGUGGGCGAAGGUGGCGAACGCGGAGGUGGAUGAUUUAGCUCGGGAAGUGUGGGAUUCCACACAGCAAGAGAUGCUAGUCAAGGAGUGGCUAACCGGACCUUACUCGUGGGACGAGCUGCAGGCCCGUCAUCCAGAAGGCUGGCUUCCAGUGCGGAGGUUCGGCAUUGUGCAAAAAGCCAAGACGCGGUCGAUAGACGAUUUGGCCGAGAACUCUGUAAACUGCGCCUAUGCUGUUUCCGAUCGGAUUUCUUUGAGGGCCCUUGAUGAAUUGGUCUGGCUUGCGAUCACCCUCUUUAAGAUCUUCAUUGCAAAAGGCGAGGUGAGCAUCCCUUUGUCGGACGGCGACCAUCUUCGCUUUCCGGUGCAUUCUUUCUGGAGGGCCCUGAAACCCGAUGCGCUUCAGCCAAGCUUGAAAACAGUGGACUUGAAGAGUGCUUAUAAACAGUUGGCGGUUUCUCCACGAGACCGCUGUCUGAGCAUAGUGGCCAUCAAGGACCCGGUCUCGAGGCUUCCGUUUGGCUUCGAGAGCCGAACCCUUCUGUUUGGGGCCACCUCGUCGGUGGUUUCAUUCAAUCGCGUUGCGAGAUUGCUCCAGAGGGUUCUGGUUGCCUUGCAGGUGCUCGCCUGCAACUACUUCGACGAUUACCCGGUUUUAGAGGUCUUGCCGCUUUGUAACAACACGCAGUCGACUGUCAGAGCCGCGUUGGACCUGCUGGGUUUCGCCUGGGCGGAAGACAAGGAUCUUCCCUUCAGCCAUGAGGCUGAGCUACUAGGCGUUCGGGUUGACCUUGGCAGCUUUGGGGUAGUUAAGAUUGGGAAUAAGCCCGAACGUGCUACUGCCAUCGCUGAGGCGGUGGACUCCGUCUUGAGUGCGGGCCAUCUUGAUCCGAAGACCCUGCCGUCUUUGUUCGGUCGCCUCCAGUUUGCCGAGGGUCAGCUGCACGGGCGAUUGGGCAGAUUGGCACUGGCCGACCUUAGGGCGUGCACGAUGAGUUCUCAGGCCAAAACCCUUGAUGCCACGGCUGUGCAGGCCCUUUGUAAUCUUAGGUCCCGGGUUCUUGGGGGUACCCCUAGGAUAGUCCCGGCUUGUGUAGGGUCUCGUCGUUCUGUGAUUUUCACAGAUGGAGCGUACGAGCCGACGAAUGAAACUCACCCCGCCACUGUCGGAGGAGUCUUGUACCAUUUCGACAACGGCGCGUGGUGCACUUUCUUCUUUGCAUGUGCUAUCCCUUUGAGCGUUGUACAGAGCUGGGAGGCUCUCGGGAAAAGGCAUUUGAUAGGCCCAGUUGAGAUGUAUGCAGUGGUAUGUGCGAGAGAAGCGUGGGCAAAGCACUUGGACAUGCAAAGGGUGACCAUGUAUGUGGAUCACUCCGGAGUGUUGGCCUCUUUGGUGAAAGGCUCUUCGAAAGACCCUUUGUGGAGGCAACUCUUGCUGAUCUUUGAGAGCUGCGACGCUGAGGCGAUGCUCCCUUGGUUUAGCCGCGUUCCAAGUGCAAGUAACCCGGCCGAUCCUCCUUCGAGAGCUAAGUCAAUCUUUCCAGUCAGGGGGCAGGUAUGCAGAGUGUCGCCUCGAUGCCCGAUCAAAGGCAAUGCCACGAUUGAUCUCCUUCUUAAGUGA